GCCACCUCUUGAGCUGUCCAUUUAUACCCCAUUCGCGCCAGCCCAAGGCGGGCACCCUGCAGUUCCUCGAUGCCCAGUGACGCGACAUGGGAUUUUCUUAACAGCUGGAGCAAACACCGAAACCGAAGCCCCCGAAUUUCUCCCACCGAGUUGCUGGCGGCGGCCGUUGUGGGAACAAGUUGUUACAGCCAGUUGCGUCACUGCGGAUGACGACAAGAUGAAGAAGACGCUCAUUUUAUGCUUUAUUCAUGGGUUCAAGGGGGGCGAAUCCACGUUUGGAGACAACUACUCGUUUGUCGAGGAGCUUCGCGCGGCGGUGAUACGGGAGCUGCCUGGCAUUAGUAUCAAGGUGCUGGUGUAUCCGAAAUACGAGACGAGGGGCGACUUGGGGGAGGCUGUGAGCAGGUUCCGCAGCUGGCUGCAGGACAAAAUCAUCGACUAUGAAGUUGCUAUGGGCACAGCAUCGCCAACGGUCGAGCCAUCCGUCCGGACGAUCUUAAUUGGACACUCCAUGGGCGGCAUCGUCGCUGCAGAGACGGUUAUGGGAUUGGCUGCCGAGAAGCCCAUCUACACGGAAGACGGCAUCGACAAGUCUGGUGGCGGUCCGACGUUCAAUCACCUCAUGUUUCCUCGCAUCCAGGGCGUGUUGGCCUAUGAUACUCCGUACUUAGGCAUUGCGCCCGGCGUGGUUGCGUACGGUGCCGAGGGCCAUUACCAGACGGCCCAGUCGGCUCUCGGACAGCUGGGUUCGCUGUGGAAGAUGGUGGGAGGCGGUGGUGACGAAGCUGCUGCUGCUGCUUCCACCGCACUUACCAAGGCGCCGCCGGCUAAGAGUGAUGAUGGCGGCUGGGGCUGGGGGAAGAUUGCCAUGUAUGGAGCUGCUGCCUCGGUGGCGGCGGCGGGCGGAGCGGCGGCGUGGAUGAACCGCGAACACAUCUCGGUUGGAUGGUCGUGGGUGUCUUCUCAUCUCGAGUUCGUGGGCUGCCUCGCUCGACCUGAGGCCCUCAAGCAGCGAGUCGCGUACAUGGAGAAGCUGAGCGCGGAGCUGAAUGUCGGGUUCGCAAAUCUGUAUACCCGGCUGGGCAAGGGGGCGGAGAGCAAGACGGUCAGCAUGGUCGGCACGGUGCUGGGCAAGGACAGGACGUUUUGCGUUGUGCCGAACAAGCAGCCUUCUGGGCAUUGGAUACCGGCUGUGAAUGAUAGUGUGGCGGACGAGAUCGGCGCCCAUGUCAGUAUGUUUGAAGCCAAGAAGAACCCGGCGUUCGAGAAGCUAUUACAAGAUUCGUCGGGUUUGAUUGGCUCUUGGGUGCGUAGGAAUUGGUCCGAUGGAAGCCAUGAGCCACGAUCUCGAUCUCAGCAACCUCAGCAGUCCCGACAGCUCCAGCAGCUGAGAUGAAGGCGUGGUUAAUACCUUGACGUGCCAUGAAAUAGAAAAAUACUCGGUACAUGGGGAGUCAAUUGGCGCGAAGAAGACGGUUGGAUUGAAUAUUUUUACGAUUAGCAUUAUUACUGUCUGUAUACACACACGGUAUUUGGUUUUUUUUCUUUUUACGCUCUGCCCGUCUUAUUAUCCCAAUCACAAAAAACUCCUGCCAAGAAUCUAGUAUGCAAAUAUCGCCAUGUCUUGCAUAGAUGUG